CAAAAUCCACAUCCACAACACCGUAUGAUUUGUCGAGUUGAUAUUUGGAACCAAGAAACCCAACAACUUAUCGAAGUACGAUACUAGAUUACCGACAUUUCAACAGCGAGUUUUUGUAACACCAAAUCCAAUUUGCAGACAAUGUCUUCGUCCGAACCUACAAAACAAGAGCCAAAUGAUUCAAACAAAGAACGGCCUCGCAGCGCUUCGUCGGCUUGGUCGUUUUCUUCGCUCUUUUCCUCUUCGUCGUCUUUCAAAGAUAGAUUCCAAGAGUUCGAUGACAAGCAAAGGAUCGAAAGGCUUUCGGCCUGCCAAGAACUCGAUAAGAUACUGAGCGAUUGCCGGGAACGCCACCAGCAGCGAGAAGACCCAUCGAAGCUUGGUAUAAAUGAAGAUAAUGGUGACCAUCAUUUAGAUCCCAUUGAAUCCGUUUCGAUCGGCUUGAGAAACAUGAAAUAUUUUGGAUGGAGGGGAAUCUUGUUGCAAAGGAAAAGAGAAGCGAACUCACCAACAGAUGGCAAUGUCGAAGUCCAAAUGGUUGAAAACAAUGAUGACGGGCCUGAUUUGAGCGCAUUUCAUGAUAAAAUUCGGUCUUCAUGUGCUAGAGAACAACACGCUGUUUGGGCUUGCCGAGCCGUAGCAACAGGUUGCGGGAAAGAUAUUUCGGAACUAAAGCGAUGCUUCGAAAGUGUUGACAUCUUCGAUGAAGAUGGUAUUGAUAACAGCAGCAUGGAACCAGCUCGACUCCCGCAACACAUCCGGGUGCUGACUACACCCUACACAAAUUACGAGGGGAUUAUCGAAAAAGUUGCCGAUAGCACCGACGGUAACAACAACGAUGUUGCUUCCCUAAGAAAUCGAAUUCCUUGCCACGAUAUACAGCGCCGGUUGGGAUCAUGUGUGACAGCAAAUGGGAGAGCACUUUUGGAGCGGAAACAGCAACGGGAACGGUGACAGUAGGCAUGUCAUGUGUGUAGCAGUUGAUUGCAGUGGCCAAAAAGAUGGUAAACAAUCCGUAUUGUAGAUCUCAUUUUUCCCAAUGUUAAAUGCACGCCAAAUUUAGAUUUUUGGUGAAUUUAGCUACGUAAGUGGUUUGACCGAGUCCCCAUUAGAAGUUUUCUUUUUCGUUUGUGGUCACAGGUGUGUGGCUGCUACGUCUUAUGAGAGAAUCUUGAGUUUGGUGUCUUUUCACUUCAAAAAAUUAUGAAUUGCAUAUAUCUGGUCUUUCGGUACAUGCUUGAUACUCAAAUAAGCAUUCCCAAUUUUGAUGAACUAUUUACUUUUUACAAGAAUUGUGAUUUCGUACGACACUGUCAUCCCAGCUGCCAGAGUCACACAUCCAAUCUUUCCUCUCGUUCAUAAACGCGAUUGCUAUCAUCGUUGUCCAUUGUUAGUUCCGCAGUGCAAGCGAGCUCUUCCGGUCUCUUUUUCUUGGUCACUAUUUCUACUCGAACCCGACCUGCGCCAUACAUUUGAACAUUCUCCGGCAACUCACCAUAAGUUCGCUCGUACCAAACGUAAUAGAUUCUCGGGAACACC